AUGAACACCUCAAGAAACACCACCAAUAACUUUUAUUUGGACACCAUUGAUCCAUCUAAUCUGCUCCAACCAUCAUCAAUCGCUGCAUCAUCCCCUGAAAGCUUUUUCCCCAAUGAUUGCACCUCCAUUGAUGACUGGUUAGCCGAUGAAUUAUGUAAAGAAGGUCUUUUGGCCAAUGCCAUGGACUUUAGUCCUGAAAAGAUCCUUGCUUUACUUCCUCAUACUCCCAUCAGUCCUCCUACAAGUGUCAAGCACGAGCCUGCCUCUCCCAAUGUGCCUCUCUUUCCCGAGAUUGCCAAGCAAAAGCCCAUCUUACCCAAAGUCAAUCUGCCUCGCAUUGCCCCGCGCCCAUGUCCCACCGUAGCCAUUGCUCCUGUAAAGCCAUUGGUCGCUGCAAGUCCUGUCAUGAUGAGUCAACAGAAGCGCCGCUCUGAUUCCAUCAGUGGGGCUUCCACCGCGGAUCAAGACGAAAUUGCACUCAAGAGACAAAAGAACACGGAUGCUGCACGUCGCUCAAGACUUAAAAAGUUGGUAAAGAUGGAGCAAUUGGAGCAAAAGGUGUCUGAUUUGGAAGCAGACAAUCAUCAUCUCACCACUCGUAUUGCUGUAUUGGAAUCCGAAAAAUCAGGUUUGCAAGUAAAGGAUGUUUCUCUUGAGGAAAGAAUUAGAGUGUUGGAAGCUCAAUUAGCUGAAGCGCAUCGCGCCUUAACCAAAGUUUAG